AACGUACUUGUGAAUCCUCACAAAUUCUGUGAUUAAUUAAAACGACCGCGCGUGUUCUUUUACUGUCGGAAACAGUCGAAGAAAACCGAACAUUGUCGAAUCAUUGCAGUCGACCAAUAUGCGUUGAUCGGUUAUCUUAUUCCGAACUUUUAGUCUUAUUGUUUUUAAACAAACGACAACGCGUGGUACCAACUUUUCUUCAUUUCUUUUCACCUUUUUCUUCUUCUCCUCUAUCUCUUCUACCACCUUCUUCUUCUUCUUCUCCUCCUCCCUCUCCUCCUCCUCCUCCUCGGGUAACUUAUUAAACCGACUGUCAAAGCUGAUGAAAACGUUUACGUGAUACUACGUAUUAUAUAUAUAUAUAUAUAUAUAUAUAUAUAUAUAAGUAAAUUUUUAUCUGACAACGAGAAAAAAGUGUAUUUAUAAAUAGGUUAUAUGAGUAACUCAAUUGUCACAGGAUAUAAUCUCAUGAAUAAUUUCUAUGUCGGUUGGAAAAAUAGAAAUUCUGAUUUAUAGUCGUGCCGACGGUACCACGUUUUCUCUCUCUCUCUCUCUCUCUCACUCUCUCUGUCUCUCUGUCUGUCUCUUUUCUACUCAUCUUCUCACAUGCGUAGAGUAAAAAAAAGAAAAAAAAAAAAAGAAGAAAAAAGAUUGUGUGAAUAAACAAAUAAAAUAUCUUUUAUGUUAUCAGCUAAAGUGAAAUAUAAUAUGAAAAGAGUUAUAUCAAAUAUUAUUAAAUUGUGUAGUUAAGAAAUGCGUAUGUUUUACAUUCUAAAACCGCAUUACUGUGAUAAGAUGCCUUUAAUUAAUCAUUCGAUGCUUUCCUGUAAACUUUCAAAUAAUAAAUUAAAAGGAAAGGUUUAAAAAUGGUAAGCAAAUUAUCACACGAAUUCAGAAGAUACCAACGUAAUCGUAAUCAAUUAAGGCACAUUUUAGAAGAGACUCAACAUGUGCUUGAAGCCAUUAAUUUAGAAAAUUUUUUCCCUGGAGAAAAUAUCAUUGAACAAUUAUUAUCGCCAUUAACUUUAAACAGAAUUGUACAUAUUUUGGAAAAUUCUCCAGCUAUAGUUGUAUUCGGUCAAGACAAUAAAUCUAAAGCAGCUUUAAUAAAUAAUUUAUUUUCUACUGAAGUAUUACCAGCGUCUAAUGGCUUAUGGAGGUGGAUCAAAUUUAGUCAUGGUCAUACGAAUCAUGCCAAUCUUACAUUGGGUCUUGAAUAUGAAGUUGUGGUAAAAUUGCAAGCGAAUGAAAAACCAUGGAGCACAAUUCCUAUAGAAGAUUUGACUAAAUCUGGAAAUGAAGAUAUUGUUUGUCCAACAGUGCUUGAAGUCAAACUCGAUUCAAAUAUAUUAAAGGAUGGCGUUCAAAUUUUUGUAGUUCCAAAUAAUGGAGCAGUUAAAAUUCUUGCAAAAGGAACCCUUGGAAUUUUACCAAUAUUUCUUUAUGCCUUGGGCGAUCAACCUUUAUCGGAACAACAGCUAGAAGAAUUAAGAGAUCUGAAAGAAACAUAUCCUUAUAAUCCUGUAUUAUUUAUAUCGUCGCUUGUAAAUAUUUCAUUAGAUACCAUUAAUGCAGGAUUGACAGAAUCGGAACAACAUAGACUUCAAAGUACAAUACCUCCAUGUGAUUCUAAUCUAUCUAAAGAUAAAGAUGAUGUUGACUUUGAUAAAAUAAAUUCUCUUGGAUUAACAUGGCUAGAUCAAUUAACUAAUUUAGGAUAUCUUGGAAUGGAAGAAUCUGUUGAAGUUGAUCAAUUAACAUGGUUAGUUGGUGGUCAAUAUGUUAGCUCUAGCAAUAUUAUAAACUCAUCCAAGAAAAUGGAUAGAAUUUUAUAUUUUAUUAAAGGUUGUCUUCAAAGUUAUCUUGUUAAUGCAAGUAAUUAUUUAAAUGAAGUACAUACAACCAGUUUACGUAAAUUUAUCUUAAGUGCUUUUGAUAUGGCACGUCAAAUUCAGAUUACUCCAAGGAGAAUACAAUAUGCUCAACAAAAGGAAAAUGAAUUGUAUGCUAAUCUGAUGAAAAUUGUUAACGAUAAACAAGAAGAAUUAAUGGAAUUAAUAGAAAAUAUCAUACAAGAAAUGAAAAAUGAUAUAUAUUUGUCAAAUGGAGAUUCACAACAAUAUCAAAACUUUCCUUUUGAUAAUAAUGAAAGAGCAGAAUGGUCAGUGACAGUACAAGCAGCCACCUCAGAAGUGCAAAGACUUGUACUUGGACGUUUGCGUGAAAAAGUAGCAAAGCAAUUGGUAAACUCUGUGAAAUGUUUGAGAGAAACAUUUAUAGGCACUUUACAACGGUGCUUAUUGAGUUUAGAAAAAAGUUAUGAUCAUGAAUCUUCUUUACUAGCUAGUGAUGCUUUGAAACAAAUACUUUCUGCAGCUUAUAAUGUAGAACUUCAUAAUUCUUCGCCGUCUCUUGUGCAUUCUUUUCUUGAAAGAUUACGGCAACUUUUUAAAUCUCUUCCUUUGCCAUGGACUCCUACUCCAACCUUGGAUGAAUCUUGGAGGAAAAAGGUUACUAUUGACGUUUUAAAUUCAUUAUCUGCAGCAAGAUUAUCAAAAACAAUUUCAAUGCAAUUCAGAGAUAAAUUAAAAUUGUCUCAUGAUGCAUUUCAAUCGGCCCUAAAGUCCCUUGAAAAUCAUUAUUCUGGAAAGUUAGAAAGAACUGAGGAACAAAGGAUAGCCAUUAGAAAGUGUCAUGCACCAAGAUUAGCUAGAUUAGCCUUAGAAUCCACGUCAAUGACUGAUGCUGUUCGUUUCGGUAUACCGCAUUAUGGUAAAGAAAUUGGUCGUGGUCAAUAUGGUGUAGUGUUUGCAUGCGAUGGUUGGGGAGGAGCUCCAGGACCUUGUGCAGUUAAAUCUGUUAUUCCACCUGAUGAAAGACAUUGGAACGAUUUAGCAAUGGAAUUCUAUUACACCAGAUCGAUACCAGAUCAUAAAAGAAUUGUGAAAUUAAGAGGUUCAGUUAUAGAUCAAACUUAUGGAAGUGGAUAUGGAUUAGGAACUGCAGUUCUAUUAAUUACAGACCGUUUAAGUAGAGAUCUAUAUUGUGGAAUACGAGCUGGAUUGUCAUGGUUAGAACGUUUGCAAAUUGCAAUUGAUGUCUUAGAAGGGAUACGUUAUCUUCAUUCUCAAGGACUUGUUCAUAGAGACAUUAAAUUGAAUAAUGUCCUCCUUGAUACUGAAAAUAGGGCAAAACUGACUGACCUUGGAUUUUGUAUCACCGAAGCUAUGAUGUCAGGAAGUAUUGUAGGAACACCUGUUCAUAUGGCUCCAGAACUUUUAUCUGGACAUUAUGAUAGUAGCGUCGAUGUAUAUGCUUUUGGCAUUCUUUUCUGGCACAUAUGUGCUGGACAUGUCAGAGUGCCAUAUACCUAUGAACAGUUUCAUAAUAAAGAACAAUUAUGGACAAGCGUAAAGAAAGGCAUUAGACCAGAACGUCUGCCACAUUUUGAUGAUGAGUGUUGGAAAUUAAUGGAACAAUGUUGGGCUGGAGAACCUUCUAAACGGCCACUACUUGGAGCAAUUCUUCCAGUGCUUGAAUCUAUUCAACAAAGAGCAGAAAGAGGCAAGUCCUUACAACAACUCAGCGAAUACAGGCUACAAGAAAAUUCCACAUCCGAAUCAGAAAAUCCUGCACUGGCACUAGCAGAACCUUAUAAUCAAAGGGGCGCCAUUGUUAGUCCUCCUACUGUUAAACAUAACAAAUUAUGCAGAAUCCAAGAGGUUGUAUCAACGCAAUGGAAUUUAAAAAGUUAAAACUUUUAAUACACUGAAGAGAAGACACUAAUUUAUCAUAAAAUCAAAUAAAAUAUUAAAGUUAUACUUCAAUAGUAUGAUUCUUAAUAUAGUUUUAUAAAAUGUUGAAAUAAAUGAAGAAAUCUAAAGAUCAUGCAAAAAUUUAUAAAAUUCAGGGAUACUCAUCUCGAUGAAGUGAUCUUUUAUUCUGUUACCUUCAUCGAGACAUAAUUUUAGCUGCAAAAAAGAUUUGCCAACUUUGUCCGAAUCACUAUUUGCUGCGGUUACUGAAAAAAAAUUAAUGUAAUAUUAUAAAACAAAUAAUAUAAUAUCAGUAUUUAUUAUUUAAACAUUUUACUAAUUAUAUUAAUUUCUGAUAGCAAGCACUAUUAUUUAAAAACUAUAUUUUUUUAUACUUCUUUCAAGUAACCUGUUUAUAUUAAAUAUAAUUUUAUAUAAACAUAACCAAAAAUGCAAUUAAUCAAUUAAGCAUUAAAAUGUUGUUGUUACAUUUAUAAUGUCAAUAUUAUAUUAUAUUAACGAUUUUUAUAAAUUAUUAUCAUCUACUGUGUUUGAGGUUAGUUAUUCUUACCACCGAAUCUCCAAGACACAUCAAGUAUUUUACUGAUCGUUUUUUCCAUUUUCUGUAAUAAAUAUUAAUUUUUCUAACUUAAUAGUUCUACACAUAUAAAAAUAGUCAUUAAGGAACAAAUAAAAAUGGAACUUAUUUAUAAGAGACAAAUUAGGAACAAUUCACUAUUGUUGGAUCAGUAUACGAUGACAUUCCAGAUAUAUACUAUUAACAUAAUAAAUAUAAUUAAUUACUAAUUAAGAAAAUAAAUAAUUAAUAAAUUAAAUUCGAAGAGAUGUGUCGUCCUUUCAAAAUAGUAUCUCAAGCUCUAAAAAUGUGACAUUAAAUAUUAUUUGUCACAGUACAUAUAUAUAUAUAUAUAU